CGGAGAGAGACGGGACACUUUUAUAGACAGCCAUGGCUUCCACCAUAAUAUUGUUGUUUUGUAUUUCUUGUUUGGUUCAGUUAUGCGUAGAAGCGACCAACGUUUUAAGUAAAGUUUCUUCUGAUUCCUGUUACAAACCCAUCCAGGACAAUAGACCCAAGUUUGUGAGGACAUAUCCACGGCCCCAUGAAUAUGUAAAUGUCUCCGACCUCCCGGAGACUUGGGACUGGCGGAACGUUAAUGGCAAGAACUAUGUUAGCAUCACCCGAAAUCAACAUAUUCCGCAAUACUGCGGUUCAUGUUGGGCCAUGGGUUCGACCAGCGCCCUUGCAGAUCGUAUUAACAUAAAGCGCAAAGGCGCAUGGCCUUCUGCAUACCUGUCAGUGCAGAACGUGAUUGACUGCGGCAAGGCAGGAUCUUGCUUCGGAGGUGAUCAUGUUGGGGUGUAUGAAUACGCCCACAGGAAAGGAAUUCCUGAUGAAACCUGCAACAAUUACCAAGCUAGAAACCAAAUGUGUGACACUUUCAACCAAUGUGGGACAUGCACCUUCUUCGGGUCAUGUGACACAGUGAAGAACUACACCAUAUGGCGAGUUGGUGACUAUGGGGAAGUGUCUGGGCGAGACAAGAUGAAAGCAGAAAUCUACACAAAUGGACCAAUCAGCUGUGGCAUCAUGGCCACAAAGGGGUUGGAGACCUACACGGGGGGUGUUUUUGCCGAAUUCCACCCCCUCUCCAUGAUGAAUCACAUUGUGUCCGUGGCCGGCUGGGGCGUGGCAGAGGACGGGACGGAAUACUGGGUGAUGAGGAACUCGUGGGGAGAGUUUUGGGGAGAGCAUGGCUGGGCCAGAGUUGUCACAAGUGCCUAUAAAGGAGGCAAAGGAAACUGGUACAACUUAGCAAUUGAGAAAAGCUGUGCCUUUGGGGAUCCAAUCCUGGCAUAACAGACUAACGACAGCAACAGCAGCACAUUGCAUUUACAGUAUAUACCACUUCUCACAACGCUCAAAGUGCUUCACGGUGAAGGGGGACCCUCCCUAUCCACCACCUGGGUGAUUCACAGCAGCCAUUAUGCGUCUGGCACGCUCACCACACACCAGCUUGAGGUGGACUAACACUCCCAUUUAGUUGUGUUUCAAUUUGGAUGCCACAUGAUGUCUUGAUAAGAUGUUUUUAAUCUGUGAGUGUGUGAAUGAGUGAGUGAAUGAGAAUGCAUUCUGCAAAAGAUUGAAACAGAAAUGAGUGAGAAAUGAGUUGAGAACUGAAGUGGUUAUGAGAAAAAUAUGAUAUGAAGAAAGAUAAGUUAUGUGAAAGAUAUGAUAUGAAUAUGAUAUCAUAUGAAGUUAUAAGAAUGUUUAUUGAGAACAUGUACAGUGAUUGGAGAUGUAAAUAUCUUUACAAUACUAUAUAAAUGAACAAGAACCAAUCAGUAGUUUACUGGUAAUCAGACAUACUAGUCUACAUCAAAAGUGUUACUAGUCUACAUCAAAAAGUCUCUCUUCUCCAGUGGAACAGCAAUCGUGUCUAGGGCCAUGUCAUGACAUUUAUUAACCUUUCCAUUUGUAUUUUAACUUGUCUCAGUCGGUGCUCGGUUGCCAGUGAGUUCAUGUCUAUGAGCGUGGACCACUACUUUCAUGAAUUUGUGUGAGGUUGAAUUAAUAAAAUGUCACAAAGCUCUCUUCCA